AUUUUUUGGAGCCUCUACAUGCGCCUGCCCUGCCAGCCACGGCAUUGAGUCCAGUACGCAGCGCAAAUGGCCGAGUCGAAGAAGCGCAAAGCCGUGACUAGAGACGUGGACGAGGAUGCCGCCGUGGUGUCCGGGGACGAAUUCGACCUUGCAAAUUUGGACGGUACUCUCGCGGACGAAGAAUCUGCCAGUGGCAGUGACGAUGACGGUUUGAGCAGUGGAGCCGAGGACGAGAGCGAUGCAGUGUCUGUAGGAACUGGAGAAUCAAUGUCAGGAGAUGAUGAAGAUCUACUCAAACCCAAAAAGAAAGGCCAAGCAGAAGAUGCCAAAGAGGUGGACAUUGGCGUCCAGGACGUUGUCUCUACAUCUGAGGAGGAAACACUUGAUGAAGAACCCCCCAACUACGAGACCGUCAAGGAUGCGAACGGAAACGACAGAUAUAUCUAUCCCGAGAUCGACCCCGGUGACGACUCGGAUUACUCGGUCCCAGACAACGAGGCCAACACGAUUGGGAAUAUCCCUCUGUCUUUCUAUGAUUCUUACCCUCACAUCGGCUACAACAUAAAUGGGAAGAAAAUCAUGAGGCCAGCUAGAGGAGAAGCACUCGAUGCGCUCCUGGAUAGUAUUGAGGUCCCCAAGGGGUGGACCGGCCUCACAGACCCUGCCACGGGGAAGCCCUUGGAGCUCAGUCAAGAUGAACUGGAGCUGUUGAAGAAGGUGCAGAUGAACGAGGUCGCCGCCGACGGAUACGAUCCGUACGAGCCCACGGUCGAAUGGUUCACUAGCAAAACCGAGACGAUGCCUCUGAGUUCUGCUCCAGAACCCAAGCGACGGUUUGUGCCGUCCAAGCACGAGGCAAAGCGGGUGAUGAGCCUUGUCCGCGCGAUUCGAGAAGGCCGCAUCUUACCUUACAAACCGCCUCAAGAGGAAGAGGAGGAAGAGGAGGAGGUACAGAAUUAUGACAUCUGGGCCGACGAACAACCCAGGGCAGACCAUGCCAUGCACAUGCCUGCGCCGAAACUUCCCCCUCCUGGAUUUGACGAAAGCUACCACCCGCCGCCAGAAUACCUCCCAGACAAGAAGGAGAAGGAGGCCUGGGAGAAGACCGACGAAGCAGACCGAGAGAAAGAUUACUUGCCCACGGACCACACGUCAUUGCGGAAGGUGCCAGGUUAUGAACGAUUCGUCGAGGAGAAAUUCGAGCGAUGCCUGAAUUUGUACCUAGCACCUCGAGUGCGCCGGACGAAGCUCAACAUCGACCCCGACUCCCUCUUGCCCAAGCUGCCGAAUCCAGAUGAACUCAGACCAUUUCCCACGCACGAGGCGGGCCGUUUCCAUGGCCACACAGGUCGUGUACGGUCCUUGGCCAUUGAUCCAUCCGGACUCUACCUCGCGACUGGGGGUGAUGACGGUACGGCCAGAGUUUGGACCCUGCUGCCUCCGCGCGAAAUCUGGUCUGCGAAAUUGACCGCGGACGCCGCAGUCAAUGUCGUUCGGUGGCGCCCGGGGAAAGACACGCCUAUAUUGGCUGCCUGUGCCGGAGACGACAUCUAUCUCUGCGUCCCCCGACUGGGUACCGACUUCAGCGCCGAAGCCGACGCUGCCCAAGCAGUUCUGGAUGCAGGAUGGGGAUAUGCCGCCUCCGAGGGCAGCAGCACAUCCAAGUCCACGAGCGUCAAGUGGAGCCGACCGAGCUCUUCCCAACGGGAUCAGGACGUCGCUCUGGUCAUCCAUCUAGGCCACACAGCGAAGACGCUAUCGUUCCACUCGGCCGGCAACCACUUUGUCACCAUCUGCCCUGCCACGAGCGUCCCAGCGUCCCAGGCCAUCGCCUUCCACACCAUCUCCAAACAUCAAACCCAACUGCCCUUCCGCAAGCGUCUCAAGGGCGGCGGCACCCCGCAAGUGGCGCACUUCCACCCGAGCAAGCCGGUGCUGUUCGUGGCCAACCAGCGGGUGAUCCGGGCGUACGACCUGUCGCGGCAGACGCUGCUGAAGAUCAUCCAGCCGGGGGCGCGAUGGAUCAGCAGCUUCGACAUCCACCCGACGAGCGCCGCGACGGCGGGCUCGGACCACCUGGUCGUCGGGGCCUACGACCGGCGCCUGCUGUGGAUGGACCUGGACCUCUCGCCGCGGCCGUACAAGACGCUGCGGUUCCACGAGAAGGCCGUGCGUGCGGCGCGCUUCCACCCAGCCGCCACCCGGUUCCCGCUCUUCGCCGACGGCAGCGACGACGGCAGCAUCCAGGUCUUCCACGGCCAGGUCACCAGCGACAUGAUGAGCAACGCCCAGAUCGUGCCCCUGAAGGUGCUGCGCGGGCACAGGAUCACCGGCGGCCUCGGCGUCCUCGACCUGGACUGGCACCCCCAGCAACCGUGGCUCGUGAGCGCCGGAGCGGAUGGCACUUGUCGACUGUGGGUUUCUUGAGAUAGACCCCCUUGGAAGAAGUGGAGUUUUAGGAUGUGCUUUGACUAGGCAACUGGAUUCUCCUCACGAAGGAGGAAAAUAGUGGCACAUAUAGCCGUUGAAAUGAUUCCUGUCUUUGCAGAACGCAUGUGAGGGGCAUGUGUGCUUCUAGUUGGCUAUCUAUCCGCCCGUCUCCUCUCAACCGGGAGAACAGUUCCACUCUUUUCACGUCCUGUCGGGAUCUAGAGGAAGUAAAUGCCUGACUCAUGCAUGCGAAACCGUCUUCAAGAAGGGAAUGGCCAUGAAACCCCUUUCGCCGUCGCAACAAAUGCCUCUCUUACGCCCAACCCUGGGGCCCAUUGUCACUCAUCCGUAUCACGUUACAUAGACCCGGCCACGGCGACUGCCAUGGAUCCCAUUCAAGGUGAGACGCACGAUUGAACCAGGCUCUGGUCACGCGGUGAAAGAUCUGUUCGCUCUGGACUAGCCUCCGAGGUUUUCAAUGUAUCCGCGCUCAUCUCUCUGACGCGCUUCAACUCUUCCCAUGUGCGACAAAUGGAUCUGUUUCCGCCUUUUCGCGCGGCUUCGAGCAAUUCAUCCAUCGGACUUCGACCGGGAGGUCGGAUUGGAAAAGGCUUUCUUUUGGAAUGUGGUCAACAGAUUGGAUCAGGUCAGCACCGCGCUCGGGCCCCCAAGCAGCAUCGAUCAAGGACGUUGACAUUCAAACACGGCUACUUUUGCAAAUUCUCGGGGAUGGGAGAGUGGGAGGUGAUCCAGAGGGGGCCAGGAUUCUAUGUCAAGAUACUAUAUCUGGAUAAUGAAUGACCUGUGUCUCAUGAUUGACGGAUUUCAAUGCCAUUGACGAGUUGCUGUCCAUCUAUUUAUUCUAUGAAAUCG